AUGUCUUUAGCCAUCUCUAGUGAAGAUACCCAAGUUCUAUUAAAGGACAAAAAUGUCUUACAAGAAUCUGUUCUAGAUAAAUAUAGAACCGCAGGUCAAAUUGUCCAAACAGCAUUGAAAUAUAUCACAGGAUUAAUCAACGAUACAUACCAUUACAAGACCACCCAACAUCAAUUCACCAUUCCUGAAUUAUGUCUCCUAACAGAUUCAUUCAUCCUAACUCGUUUAGAAAAUUAUUACAAAAACAAAGUCAACGAACGUGGUAUUGCUAUCCCAACUUGUAUCGAUGUCGAUCAAAUCGCUUCUGGAUGGUGUCCUGAAAUCGAUGAUGUGGAAAACAUCAAAAAUUGGAAUAAAUUCGCCAACUUGGAAACCUCUCCAUUCACUUCAUCAAUCACUGGUGUGCUAAGAGAAGGUGAUUUAGUUAAGAUCACCUUAGGUGUCCAUAUUGAUGGUUACACUUCUCAAGCUUCACAUACUAUGGUUAUUUAUCCAACUACUCAAGAACAAGAUGUUGUUAAACCAGCUGGUCCAUUAUUAGGUGGCAAAGCUGAUGCUGUCGCAUGUGCUCAUAUUGCUAUGGAAACUGUUGUCGCAUUAUUAGCAUGUGCAUUGACUCCAGAGAAAUUACCUCCAACUUUAGCUUCUCACGGUGGUCAAGUUACAGGUCAAUUAAUUAGAUUGGUAGUAGACACUAUUGCUAAGUCAUAUAAUUGUAAUGUAGUUCCAGGGUCUCGUGUUCGUAGAAUCAGAAGAUUCUUAGCGGGUCAAAAUGAAGGGAUCGUGGCUGAAAGAGAAUAUAAAGGUGUCAUUUGGACCGAAUCUCAUCAAGAACAACAAUUAUUAUCUAAUUCUGAUGCCAAGGAUUUGGCUAUUGUGGAACGUUCUCGUACUAUGGUUACAUCUGCAUCUGCUGUUCCAGUAGAUGAUUUCGUUGUCAAAAAUGGCGAAGUUUAUUUAGUUGAUUUGAAAAUGGUUCCAUUAGAUCAAUUGACUAAAAAGGGAUUGGUUACUUUAGAAACUAUCGAUUCAUUCUCAGGUAAAUCACAUAAGGAAAAUGAUUUAGUAGCAAGAUCAGGUUCAUUCGUUAGAGAUUUUGCUCAAAGUCAUAUUCUUAAAUUGAAAACUUCAAGACAGUUAUUAACCAAGAUUGAUAAUCAAGGUGUUUAUCCAUUUAAAUUAUCUCAUCUUUCUCAGAAUAAUUUCCCCCUAUCAUCUGAUGAUGAAUUUGAUCAAUUAAAGAAAGAAUUGAAAUCAUUUAGACUUGGUAUGAGUGAAAUUUCUAAUAAUUAUCUUUGUGUAGAGACGCCAAUACAGGUUGCUAAAUGGAUUCCAUGGGAUCAUAUAUUAAAAUCCACAAAUUCCAAUGGUAAUUUAAGUUAUGAUGCUACAGCCACCCUAACGUUACCAGGUCAUGAAAUACCAUUACCAAAAUUAGGAAUUUCAGCAUUAAAAUUGAAAGCUUUAAUGAAUUCUACAAAGGAAUGUGUUACAUUACCUGUAGCACGUGAAUGUAAUACUGUUGUACUAUGUGAUACAGAUGUUAGUGCUACUGAUAGACCCGAAUUAUUAAGAUUGACUGGUGGGUCCAAGACUUGUCAACCAAGUUGGGUUCAUUCUAAACAUGAAUUAAAUAAGUCAGAGUCAAUUGUUGAAGGUAUUUUCCAAUUAGAUUCUUUGACAAAGGAUAAGAGAUUCGGUAUAUUAUUAAGGGAAACUCAACCAAUGAAGGCAACCAUUUGA